AUGAAGCGCGUGAUCCGUCUCUACCACUUCGUCAUUGCCGUGCGUGACGACAUUCGGGACACCGACCACACGGCGGACGGAAUACGGCUGCGAUCGCGCCUGCAGAGAGCCCUGUUGACUGACUAUGAGUUGUUGAUUGUGACCGAUAUGCUUUUGCUGCUGGGGCCAGUGUUGGACUUUACAAAUAUGGCCAGCUCUGCCAAGAAACCUGGUCUUCCUAAGUCCCUUAUCCUAUCUAUGGCCCGGUCAAAUCACGAUAUUGCUCUUGCCGUCGCUGGAUCUGGAAUCGCCGCGUUACUCCUACAAGGCGGAAGAAUCGCUCAGUCGCGCUUCAAGAUUCCCGUCCCUACCCACGAGGAUAGUGUUUGUUCAGAACUUACAACGGGUAAGGUCAACGGGUUCCAAAGCUCCCUCGAUGGGGACUCGAUUUGA